AUGACGGAGGAGACCGAGGGGUGUGUUGCGGUGGCGGUGGCUGAGGCGGCGGGCAUCAUCUGCUCGCUCCGCGCGGCCGACCUCGCCGGGUGGACGCCGCCCUGGAAGGCGAGCGGGCCACCGUCGUCCGAAGCCACGGGGAAGGAGGAGGCGCGGGGGAAGCGGACGCGUUCGUCGCGCCGCCGCUCGCCGUCGGGCUCCGGCUCCAAGGCCAACAAGGGGAGGUGGGCCCGCGGCAGCCCGGCGUCUCCGCUCGACUACAGCGGCGCGUCCAGCAGCGGCGGCGAGGACGGCGCCUUCUGCUCGCCACCGGAGGCCGUCGCCCGCGUACACGCCGAGGCCACCCCCACCGCUGUCCCAGCUUCUUCCUCCUUGGCCAAGGUGGGAUCUGCCGGAGGAGCACGGCGCCUGUUGAUCCAGCCAGCACCGCCGCCCCGCACCGCCGGCCAGAGGUCGCGGAAGAAGAUGCGGCUCCCGGAGGUGAAGCAGUUGGUGCUGUCCCUGUCGGCAGAGAACGUCGGCCUUCGCCAGGAGAUGGAGUCGCUGCAGAGGGCCUGCACGGCGCUGUCCAAGGAGAACGGCAGACUAGAGACAAGGCUAGAAAAUUCUUCUUCGUCAAGCAAGCGGAAGAGGGCCGAAUCAGAAGGGGGGGAGCAGCGGCAAAGGAAGCCACAGCAAGCCGGAGGCGGCUUCGUGCUCCCUGACCUCAACUUUCCGGCGCAGGAUGUCGCCGAUGCACCAGCGGCUCCCUGA